AUGUACCAAGGCAUCUACUUUGGCAACGACCGGACGUACCGCCAAGCACUCAAGGCUUUAGCGCAGGCUCUAGCGCAGCGCAGGCGGCUUGGCAGCCCCGACGUGCACACCGGGUACGAUGCCGCCAUGAGCCGCGUGCUCAACGAGUCGGCCGGCCUGAUGAGCCCCGACAUAUACACGCAUCUGACCAUGGCCGGCGAGCGCACCAAUCUGACCGACAUCGAGCUCAAGAGUCUGCAGGCGGAAACCGAUGGACUGUUCGACAUGCUCGACAACCUCUCGUCUACAGAGUACCUGGUGAUAGAUGUUAUCGGAGAAGACAUCCAUCUUCAGGUGAGAGCGACGAUGACGAUGGCACUGUGCCUGCUCCCGCGCCGUCCCCGCGCGUCGUCCUGCCCGCCGAGAAGGGCGCUGGGGUAA